UGACCGUGAACUCGGGCGGGCGGCGCGGAGGUCGGGCGCGGCGGGAGGGAGCCCCGCGGGCUGCGCGAUGGGCGCCGAGGCCCCGGGGGGCGGGCCGGCGCUGCGGGAGCUCCUGCGCGAGGCCGACAGCGGCCUGCUGGAGUGCCAGGUGUGCUUCGAGCGGUUCGGCCCCCGCCAGCAGCGGCGCCCGCGCAACCUGCCCUGCGGCCACGUGGUGUGCCUGGCCUGCGUGGCCGCCCUGGCGCAGCCGCGCACGCUGGCGCUCCAGUGCCCCUUCUGCCGGCGGGCCUGCCGCGGCUGCGACACCAGCGACUGCCUGCCGCUGCUGCACCUGCUGGAGCUCCUGGGCCCCGCGCCCGGCCCGGCGCAGGCCGCCCGCCGCGCGGCCCCCGCCGGCCCCGGGGCGCUCACCUGCCGCCUCUCCUUCGGCGGCUGGGGGACCCUGGUGAACCCCACGGGGCUGGCGCUGUGCCCCAAGACCGGGCGGGUCGUGGUGGUGCACGACGGCAAGAGGCGCGUCAAGAUCUUCGACUCCGGGGGCGGAUGCGCUCACCAGUUUGGAGAGAAGGGAGGCGCUGCCUGGGACAUCAAGUACCCGCUGGACGUCACGGUCACCAGCGACUGCCACGUGGUUGUCACCGAUGCGGGCGACCGCUCCAUCAAGGUGUUCGAUUUUUUGGGCCAGCUCAGGCUCGUCUUCGGAGGCCCGUUCUCCUUGCCGUGGGGUGUGGAGACCACCCCUCAGAACGGGGUGGUGGUCACGGACGCGGAGGCAGGGUCCCUGCACCUCCUGGAAAUGGACUUUGCAGAAGGGGUCCUCCGGCGCACCGAGAGGCUGCACACGCACCUGUGCGGCCCCCGAGGGGUGGCGGUGUCCCGGCUCACCGGGGCCAUCGCGGUCCUCGAGCGCCCCCUGGCGCCGGGGGCCGGGACCUGCGGCACCACGGUCAAGGUGUUCAGCGCCACCAUGCAGCUCAUCGGGCAGGUGGACACCUUCGGGCUGAGCCUCUUCUUCCCCUCGGAAAUAACGGCCUCCGCGGUGACCUUCGACCACCAGGGGAAUGUGGUGGUCGCCGAUGCUUCCAGCCACGCCGUCCUGUGCUUAGGAAAACCUGAGGAGUUUCCCGCACUGAAGCCCGUCAUCACCCACGGUCUUUCCCACCCUGUGGCACUGGCCUUCACCAAGGAGAAUUCUCUUCUUGUGCUGGACAGUGCCGCCCAUUCUGUAAAAGUCUACAAGGCUGACUGGGAGUGAUGGGCGCGUGCUGAGGAUUCUGGGGCUUGGGACCAGAAGCCCUGGAGCUGCCACUGAUGAAUUGUUUAGCCCUGGAUAAAUUAUUUAAUCGCAUACAUCCAAUAGGGAUCAUUAUAACUGCCUGGCAGACUUACAAAAGGAGAGGCAAUUAUUCAAGAAGAUUAAUGAAAUCUAUUUAUUGAAUAUGUGCUUCAUGUGCUAAGAAUUUUUUUUUUAAAAAAAACAUUAGCUCAUUUAAUCCUUAACAGAUACCCAGUAAGGUAAUUUAUAUUAUUAAUCCCAGUUUAGAUAUGGGAAAACUAAGACCCAGAGAGCUGAAGUGACUUACUCAAAGUGACAAUCACCAUUGGAUCUCAAUUCGGACUCCCAAACACAUUGUCUUAAAUAAAAUAACUUAUGUGGGGGAAAA